CCGACCUCGAUCUAAUUUUUACGUUGCAGUUAUGGUGUUCAUUCUAAAUGUGCAACACGAGGUGAUGUGUGGGAUGGAAAAGAACUCGAGGGAAUACCAGAAGAGGUAUACGAAGAAGAUCUUAAAUCGUUCAAUGAGAUAAGUGAUGGAGUUAUACAACAUUUCAGUCACCAAAGUCAUCAUAUGAGACUAGACGAGGAGACCAAUAGAGAAUUUGACGAGAACAAACGUUGUCAAGCAUGCACACUUGUUAUAUGUGACGAAAUCAUCUAUAGUUGCAUGCAAUGUGAUGAUUUUAUUCUCCAUCAAACAUGUGCUCAUCUUCCUAGAAAGAAACAACAUGCCACACAUUCUCAUCUCCUUACUCUGCAAGUACUGGAUCGUCCUGUAUUCGAGUGUACAACUUGUGACCGUAGAAGCAAUGGUUUUAUGUACGCGUGUUGUGAAAAAGAUUGUCGUUUCAGAUUAGACGUACGUUGUGCUUCCAUAGCAGAGCCGUUGGAUCAUUGCUGUCAUCCACAUCCCAUGUUUCUUACAUCUGACCCUAAUACUACUACGGAUAAAUGUUCGGUUUGCGGAAUGUCUCAAAAUCGUCGUCUAAACUGUGGAGAAGGUGAUUUUGUUUUAUGUUUUAAAUGUGCCACUUUACCCGAUAAAGUGAGGUACAAGCAUGAUGAACAUUAUCUUAUCUUUUCGUAUGAUGGAGAUGCAUAUUGUCGAUAUUUGUGUGAUGUCUGUGAAGAACAUGCAGAUCCAAGAAUGGGAAUUUAUAGGUGCAGUGUUUGCAGCACCACACUGCAUAUUACAUGUUUACUUGGAGAUUAUGAAGAGAUGUACAUGCUGCCCGGUAGAAUCAAAUAUGAUGAUGAAAAUAUAACAACAAAUAUCAAUAUUCUUUCCAAUAAUCAUCUUACUCGUAACAUAUGUAGCCGUUGCAAAUACCGUUGUACAAAACUUUUAGUAUACAAAAUAUCUGAUAGAGAAGUAUUGUGCUCUUUUGGGUGCCUAGCUGAACUUAUGUACAAUUGGUUUUAAUAUCAUAUAUUAAAUUUGUAUUUAAUAAAACUAUAGU